AUGGAUUGCGAUGCUGAAUUUAAUGCACUUGCUUCGAUGUAUCAGAGUGUUGUUCAAGAUAUGAAGGUAAUGUAUCCAGCAUGGGAAAAUGUCUCACAAAAAGCACUCAAACUUGCAUCACAGUUAAAGACUACUUUGAGUUGCAUGAGUGCAUUCGUUGAUGCUAUACAGUCAGUUGGAGAUGCUGCAAACAAUCUCAAAGGGGCCACACGUGAUAUGGGUGCAUGUUUAACGCGUGUUUGUAUGCGACAACGUUCAAUCGAGAAUCGACUUCGGAAUUUAACAGAUGCUUUAACCGAUCAACUUGCUUUAUGUAUUCAAAACAAAGGUAAUCAGUGGAAACAACGUGUUUCGGAAAUGGAUCGUCAGGCACACAAAUUUUGCCGCAAGGCACGUUCGCAUAAAGGUGCUAUCGAUUCGUCGGCGGUAAAUGAACAAAGACGGAUGUGUUAUUCGUUACUUGUUGAGCAAAGAAAUCAAUUGUCAUUUUUCAUAUCGGCACUACUCCCAGUCCUCAACAACGAGUUGUGUUUGCUCGAAGAGAGUGCACAUGUGAAGCAAGUAGCCGAGCAUUUACAGUCAACAGUGCGAUCAGUGGAUGCAUGUGCAAUGAUUGAGACAAUUUUGUCCGAUAUUCACCAAGGAUCUGACUAUUCAUGGAGGAAUUGUCUUUCAUCGAGAAAUGCUGCUACGGUAACAGGCAGUGGUUCCACAGCGAGUGCUCUCAGUCGUUCCUCGUGCAUCUACAAGCAACCAAACGACGAUGCUGCAGUACGUGCACCGUCUCCAUCGCCAACCACUAUCACAUGGCCAACAUCUUUCCAGUGUAUUUAUCUAUGUGGUCAAGUAAGCAGCGGCAGUUCGUCGAUAAGAGCACAUACAAUCUCGGUUGUGGAGCAACCGAGACGAGGUAAAUUGAAUGCACAUACCUUUUCACCACCGUCUUCGUCACAUCAUCAUCCACCGUCAUCAUCAAAACCACCUUUACCCAAAAGGAAUAUCUCAUGCUCGUCAUCUGUCUCUUCAAUAAUUCCUGAUUUUAAUGAAGCACAUCCCGAUCAGGUGGUGAAUAUUUCACAACGUAAUGGUUCUGCAUAUGCAUCGUCAACAGACGUUUCCCGUGAGCCAUUCAAUCAUCGACCGUCAAGACCAUUAAGUUUUGCUUGUGAUGAACGCGGCCCUCAUGGCUCACCACCAUGCCGAUCUUUGCCAUCCAAUACGCAAUUCAAUCCUGUGGCUUCAAAUAGUUCUGCCGAAUACAAAGCGAACUCACUGAUAGCAGAGACAAUUCAACAAAUUGAUAAACUUGGAUCCGAGCUGGAUUCGUAUUGCAAUUCGGCACAAUCAAUUGCCGUAACUCAUCAGACAGUUCGGCUGCGCUCAGGAAGUUGUAAGCCGGCACCUCCCGAACGACGCAAUUCAACGAUAACAUCUGCAACAACGAAUGCACCAUCAGUAGCGGACGUGCGUGCAUCAUUCGAAUAUGCAUCAUCGAAAGGAUCUUCAACCGAUCUUAAUCGUGAACCUUACCCAAGCCGGUUUCUUUAG